AUGUCGGACGUGCAAAGUCUUUUUAAGAAAAACUCGAUCAUUCCGGAUAUUAUAACGAUUGCUCCUUCAGAAAUAUUAAAUAUUAAGUAUCCAAGUGGGGUUACUGUUGAUUUGGGUAAGGAGUUGACUCCAACUCAAGUCAAGGACAAACCUGUAGUAAAAUGGGCUUGUAAAGAUACCGAGUAUUAUACUUUAGCCAUGAUUGACCCUGACGCACCUAGCCGUGAAAACCCAAAAUUUCGUGAAUGGCACCAUUGGUUAGUGGGAAACAUUUAUGGGGGUGAUCUUAAUAAGGGAGAAGUCCUUUCUGACUAUAUUGGUUCCGGACCUCCGAAAGGUACCGGAUUACAUAGAUAUGUAUUUUUAGUCUUUAAACAACAAGAAAAAUUUGAUUUUUCUAAAGUCCCAAAACUUCCCAAUAAUUCAGGAGACAAAAGAGGAAAGUUUUCUAUUGCUAAGUUUGCUCAAGAAUAUAAGUUGGGUACACCUAUAGCUGGAAAUUUUUAUCUUGCAAAAUAUGAUGAUUAUGUCCCGAAAUUGUACGCUAAAUUAAAGGGAUAA